AUGAAGAUCUCUAACUUGCUCGGCCUCGCCGCCGUGACGAUCCCGGCCGCGUCGGCCUUCUUCCUGCAGAUCAAAGACCAGUCUCUGGCCAGCGUCGGCGCCGUGCGCGUCGUCUACAGCUACCGCGGCGCCACGGCCGGCCACCACGACGACGCGCCGUACAUGGGCGCCGUCGUCGGGCCCUCGGGCGCGCUGACCUCGACCGCCGACCUGGGCAGGAUCUUCUUCAAGGUCGACGAGUACCGCAGUGAAAAGGGCUGGUACCGGGCGGCCUUUUCCAACCUGGAAGCUCCAACGAACGCAGACAUCAAGGGCCCGUUCGCGGUAGAGGCAGGAAAGCUCGUGUACAAGGGCGCGGAGAGGGUGUCGUGGACCAUGUGCCCGGAUAGCGGUGAUGGGGGUGAAAAGGGCUUGUACUUGCAGCUUUUCUUGACGACGGACGCGGUAAAGCCCGAGUUUGGCUGCGAGACCAAGUUUGACCUCGUGGUUCCGCAGAUGUAA